CGUGGAGGGCGAAUACUCUAGAAUGGAGAUCUUGGAGGGCGCGUCGCCUAGGCUCAAGGAUAGCAUGGAUUUCAUGGGUCCGUUUAUAGAAAGCUUGGCGCCAGCAGAUUGGGUCAUUAAAAAGGCUUUUCACCUAGCUGGCGAAAGACUUCGAACUACAUCAGCAGACUUCGCACUCGCUGUUCUUGACAAAGUGAUGGUCGAAGCUUCGAGGCUUAACAUCUUGAAAGAAGUUGUUGCCUCGUCUGCAGGAGCUUUCAAAGGCAGCAGAGAGGCCAUCCUUCGUGCAAUCCACAAAUUCCAGUCUGGGCCGAUUCGGCUAGAGGUUGCUCGCUUGCUAAUUCCUGACAGUGAAACGGAAGUUGACCAGGAUUUGAUGAUUAAUGUUAUUCGAAGCAUGAAAAGCGAUCGCGAGAAACUGGACAUGUUGGAGGGAGCCCCCGCUGCUGCUCUCAGAAACAACGCGGAUUUCAUGCUUCAGGUCAUCGAGUGCCUAGAAAUUACCCUGGAACAAGACGAAGAUGAGUCAGACCACGGUCAGCGGCGGGAAACGGCAGAAAAGCUUUUCAAGGCUGUGCCACAGGAACUACUGCGCAAGGAUCCGCGCGUAAUGGAGAAGCUGAUGCAGAAAGUACCUCAGAUUGAAAAUUAUCUUCCGGAUGUGUUCUAGUACAGCAGUGUUGAUUUCAUGUUAGCAGCCUUGAGGAGCACGGAUCUAGAGGACGAAAAACAAAAGGCCGAACUGGCUAGCUAGGCAAAAGGGAACGUCUGGGCCGGCGAGACUUUUUGUGAAACGUUCCUUGAGGAGGUAAAAGGGGAGGGCGCUAGGGUAGAGGUCAUUAAGACACUGCGUCAGCGGGACCUCUUCGAGGAGAACAUCAAUAUCAGUUUUAUGCGCCGUCUCUGAGUCAAAAGUAAAUCUCAAACAUUGAAAAAAAAUAUUAAUAAAGAAAAACACACACAGAAUCAAAUUUGCCGACGAUAAAGACAGAUCCGUCAAUGUUGACUGCUAAAACACAUGACAACAGGCGGACGCUGAUGAGCGUUACCAACAUAG